GCGCCUGCGUCGAACGAAGCGACCGAGGGGGGCGAACGUCACGUUGGUUCCGCAGUGUCAAACGUACGACGUGAGAGGUUAUAUCUGGAUUUUAUGUGACAAAAUUUUGCUUCUACGUAUGAAAUAUCUAUGCACUCUGCAGACGUGCGGGAAAUCUUGAUAUCAUGACAGUCAGGACGCUUUUACGCCUAGGCGAUGCGACAAAUAGAUGUGUUUUUACAACUGUACAACACUGUAGACCUAAAGUACAAGUGCUACAGUAUAGACAAAUAAGAAGCUCAAAGAGGUCUCCUUCGCUCUCCUUCAAGUCACAGUCUCCUUUUCCCAAUGUUCAUAUUGAAACUGGAACUAUACAACCUACAAGAUUAUGGAAACAUCUUGGUUUCACCAUUAUGUUCAGUGGAGCCUCCAUAGUAGGUGCUGCAAUUUGGGAAUACGAACGUAUCAGAAGUCAGACGUAUAAAAUAAUUCAUCGUUAUAGACAGUUUCGAGUUAACCGAACAGGAUGGAGGAACGAGAUGGAAAUAUGGUGGCGAAACUUGACCGAGGGACAGAAGAUUUUUGUGCCUAUAUGUUUUAUAAAUGCGGUUAUAUUCUUAGCUUGGCGCGUGCCAUCACUACAAAAGACAAUGGUGCGUUACUUUUGCGCCAAUCCAGCUUCCAGUGCGUCAUGUUUGUCCAUGGUACUCUCCACAUUUUCACAUUACUCCAUAUUCCAUCUGGCUGCAAAUAUGUAUGUGUUACAUAGCUUCAGCACGAUAGCUGUGACGGCACUGGGGAGGGAACAAUUUUUGGCCCUGUAUUUAUCGAGUGGAGUGAUUUCCAGUUUUACUAGCCACUUAUAUAAAACAAUGUUUGGCGUACCAGGCCUUUCUCUCGGAGCGUCUGGUGCAAUUAUGGGUGUUCUUGGAUUUGUCUGCACACAAUAUCCUGAUAUACGAUUAAAUAUCAUUUUCCUUCCUAUGUUUACAUUUACAGCGGGUAUGGCCAUAAAAGGAAUAAUGACCUUAGAUGCUGUUGGGUGUAUCUUAGGAUGGAAAUAUUUUGAUCAUGCUGCGCAUUUGGGUGGCGCAUUGUUCGGAAUAUUCUGGCAAGCAUGGGGUAAUGCUAAUAUUUGGCAAAAGCGGGAACCUCUUUUGACUAUUUGGCACGAAUUUCGAGAACGACGAAAAUCGCAAUAAUAUUUUUCUUAUUUUAAAUCUAGAUAUCAAUUUAUUAUAUUGUUCAUUGUAUAUUCUGUAUACUAAUUGUAAAGAAUUCAAGAUCAUCGUGCAAACAGAUUUACUAAAAAAUUUAGAUAUACAUUAUAUAUUUCUGUUAUUUGUAUUCCAUUUCUGAUGAAAUCAUUAUUCUUUGAAACAAAAA